CGCGUCCGCCCGCCAUUCCACGUGCAACCAGUGCGCAGACCAGACCAUUUCAGUCUACACAUUCAGUCUACGAGAAUUGAUCUGCAAAGUGCAUUAAUACUCAUCACACAUAUUCAACAAUUCGACACGGUCAAGUACACCAUUCAACAAAAUAAAGCAAAGUUUUUUUAGCGUGCACAAGGUUUUUGAAUCUGUUAGUGCGUCUUCCACACAUCCCCAGUAUCCGGAGAAGAGAUAUUUUUAGCUUUUUGACAAAAUCAAUCAUUUUUGAUUCAACAAUGUUGUCGCAUAUUCAACAAGAGGAAGCCAAAUUGGACGCGAUGCAGCGAGUAUGGCAGACAUCUCGUCGUGCGACUACAAUGUCCUUUUUUGAGGACGCAGAUGCUGAGCGUGAACUUUUCGCCCUGCCACGACAGAAUUCCUGUGGUGGUCUAAUCACUAGAGGACAGUGUGCGUCACCACCUCCCUGUACACCUGCUUUGUGCGCUGAUUACGGACAGGAGUUUAAUGAAACAUUCCAAGAAGUAAAAACUGUUCAGGAUGGUACCACAAAGCGCCCUCACCGCAAAUCCACCGAAAAACCAUCGUCCCUGUUAUUGGAUGCAUCAGAAUGCGGUGAUUUCCCCGCACGUUACAUCAUCGCACCUGUUGAGGCUCAUCAGUUCCCCGUUUGCGGCGUGUACAUUGAUAACAGAGUAAUUCCAGGCUUCAAAUAUCGCGUGCGGCCAUUACCUGCGGUUGGAGAGGUAGUAAAACGCAAACAUGGCUUACCAUGCAUGUUCGGUGGGCGUGCGCUCACCCUUCAAAGCAUCGGACGUGGUUACGCGCGUCGUUUUACCUUCGAAGCGGACGAAAAUCACUUGAAUGACAACGACAACUAUUUCUGGAGCGACAACCGCCCUGAAGGAUAUGCAUUUGAAUUGGAGUUAAUCAGCGAAGGCGACAAGUUCACCAUCUUCGAUGCAAAUCGCGAGGCGCAGGGAACGCUGGAAGUCGUCAAACUCGAGGGACCACAGGUUGAAAUUAGCGGCAGCAUGUCGGCGCACUCGGUGGAAAAGCGCGUGCGAGUCAAGCUGAUCGCCAAGGUGGAGUUCUUCGAGACUGGCGUGGCGAAACCAACACCGGUGACAGGGGUAGCCGUAGCGAUUAAACAAGCUCGCACCCCGCAUGCAGUAGUCACACGUGUAAGCAAUGUGAUGAUUAAAGGCCACCGUUACAGUCUAUUGCCAGGAGUGGCAAAGGAACAUCGCCGUGCGACUGUACGCGGCGCUGAUUUAGGCGAUGUGCCAACUAAGUACACAAUGGCCGGCCUGGAGGCGUGCGAAAUCCCAGUGGUAGGCACGUAUGUAGAUGCGCGAGUCGUGCCUGGUUUCCAUUACCGCGUGCGACCGAAUGAUCGCUCCGAGCGACUCUUCGACGGGCGCACGUUGAAACUUCUUAGCAUCGGUAUGGGUUAUGCUAAGCGACUCACCUUUCAGCCGGACUCGCUUCUUGAGCCUGACAACUACCUCUGGUCUGACUCGCAUCCAGAUGGUUUGGGCUUAGAACCGCGCGCUGUGCACACCGGUAUGCGUUUUGCGAUCGUUACAAGCGACGGACAAAGACUGGGAGAUGCUUCAGUCUUCCGCGCUGAUAUGGCACAGAAAGAGGAGAGUAUGGAGCGCGUGCCCAGUGAAUCUCACCCUGGGCAUUAUGCGAUUGAAAAGCGUAUAUAUGUUGAUGUUAUGUGUCAUGUACGAUUGGCGUGCAUGGAUAGCGAGGAGCACUUGAUGAACAUUUGCGGUGUUGCUGUGUGCCGCAAGGAGCCGAAAUCGAAUGACUCGUACGUUGUACGAGUGGAGAACAUCGGCAUGGACUCACAGCUGAAACUGCUCUUCGCCUACAACCACACUGAUAUCACAUUCGUUCCAAUUGUUGUUAAAUAAUUUUCUUCACAGGGGUUUUCUUCGAAUUCUCUUUGAUCUGAUUAAUACAUUACGAUAUACUCUUUUAUAGGUACUUAAAACGUUAAUUUAUUUUACAAUAAAACUUUUGUUUGACUAUCA